GGUACCAUCAACCAACUACAAAAUGUCUCAAGCUCGUGGAUUCGACAGGACGAUUACGGUUUUUUCUCCUGAAGGACGACUAUUUCAAGUUGAAUAUGCUUUUAAAGCUUUCAAUCUCGCAGGAAUCACUUCCGUUGGAGUAACAGGACAAAAUUGUGGUUGUGUAAUUUCUCAAAAAAAAAUUCCAGACAAGCUAAUUGAUCCUUCAACCAUUAAUUAUAUCUUCCCUAUUGCAAAAGGAAUUGGCUGUGUGAUGACUGGUUCUAUUGCUGAUGCCCGAGCUCAAGUUUCUAGAGCUCGUAGCGAAGCUGCUGAGUUUGAGUACAAAAACGGCUAUCCUAUGCCUUGUGACGUUUUAGCUAAACGUAUGGCCAAUAUUGCUCAAGUAUCUACUCAACGUGCAUCCAUGAGACCCCUUGGUGUUGCUAUGACCCUUGUUUCUGUUGACGAUGAGUUUGGACCUUCCCUUUACAAGCUAGAUCCUGCCGGCUUUUAUAUUGGUUAUAAAGCUACAAGCGCUGGUCCCAAGCAAAUUGAAACCAUGAAUUGGUUAGAAAAACGAUACAAGAAGAAUGGUGUUCCACCAAAUUUGGAUGAAACUGUCGAAACUGGUAUUCAAUCUUUGAUGAGCAGCUUAAGUACAGAUUUCAAGGCAACUGAAUUGCAAAUCGGUGUAGUAGAGGAGAACAAGCCAUUUAGGCUCUUAUCUGUUGAUGAAAUCGAUGCUCAUUUGCAAAGUAUUGCUGAAAAGGAUUAAUAUGAGCUUCGUAUGGAAAAUCUUAGAUAAUAUUUACAUUCUUUUCUUAAGCGAUUUUGCCUUGUGUUUUUUUUUAUACCAAUACGCUGCUACUCUGCUACGUACGUGUUUAUUUCCAUGCCUUCAUGAUAUUACUGUGAUGAAAGUUGUCGUGCAACAAAGAAUCAUUUUAGACCAAUAAACCUUUUUUUAUAUUUUAAAAAAACUACAGUUAUGUAUAGUAUUCAUGCAAUUUUCUUGCAAGUGAUCAAGCAAAGCAAAUGUUAGCUUUUCAAUCUAAAGUCAUCGUUUAAAGGUUUGAUUCAUAAAUAUACACACUGCCACCAAGUCCACCACACGCUAGAUGCCGAUCAUCCUUAGGUUGCCAAACUACUCGGUUUAAUGUUUUACGUUUUGAAGGUGUGUCACUGACUAUCGGGGUUUGCAGGUUUUGUUUUAAAUCCCAAAUUGAAAGAGAACCUACAGCAUCAACACUAGCAAAGCAUCCUGACCUAACAGGAUUCCAUUUCACAUCAAACACCAUGUCUUGGUGGUCAAAUUCACGUACACAAGUGAUGGGGUUCUGGUAGUCCUCGUGAUCAAGUGCUAACUGUUUCACAUUAUUGUAUUUCUGAGAUGACCACAAUUUCACUGUCCAAUCUAAGGAACUACUAAGAAGGUAGUUUUCCGAUUUUUUUAGUGGUUCAACACCAAUAUUCGAACGCAUCACGUCUAAUCCUGUAACAUAAGCUGAGUGUCCUUCUAAGCUUUUAAAAGAGUUCAGGGUCGUUUGAGGCUCAAAUAGGUCUUGUUGUUUACCAAUCCGGAGGCGUCCAUCUUCCGCUCCAAUCAUAAAAGCGUUUAAAUCUGAAGAAGUAUAACUUAAGCAAGUAGGAGCGAACGCUUGCAUAGGCUUGCAAGCAUCCGCCAUCAACGGAACUGUCACUGUAGGCUUAGCAAGCGUGUGACUGUCCCAUAAAUGCAUGUAGCCAUCGGUACUACAAGUUACUAUAUUAUCGGUAGAAAAACUGUCUAGAAAAUUUAGGUCACUGAUGGGUUCGAUAUGGCCUCCUGUUAUUAUGUUUGUUGAGAGCGCAGGGUAUGUACCUUGUCUCAUAUCCCAUAAGAACAGCUGGCCAUUAUAACCACCACCGGCAACGAUAUUAGGAUUAGAAGGGGAGAAUUUACAGACGGUAACUUCACUCUAAGCAGGUUAAUAGAUGAUUGUAAAUAAACAACGUACAUGUGCUCUUAAUAUUAACUCUGGAUAGUUUUUCCAGCGUUGAUUCCAAACAAGCAAUAGACCAUCUGAACGUUGGCCGCCAACCAGGUUGGAGUAUGAAGCUAAAAGGAGCUCAUCAUAGAAAGUAGAAUAGGCGAGACUAUUAAUAGAUUUAUCGGA